AUGACCUUUAACAACAAAUUGUCGACCUGUGGGGUGGAAAAGACAAGAGAUCUGCACCAUGUGCUAGAUGUCGGCACUGGGACGGGCAUCUGGUCCGUCGAAUACGGUGACCUUCAUCCGGAAGCCAUGGUGCUCGGGGUGGAUGUCAGCCCUGUGCAACCGACGUAUGUUCCCCCCAACGUGAGGUUCGAGAUCAUGGACGUCGGGCAACCAUGGGUCUUCGGCUACCAAUUCGAUUUCAUCUUCAGCCGAUUCAUGACAGGUGCUAUUGCAGACUGGAGGCAGUUCAUUCGGCAAUGCUACGAAAACCUUGCCCCGGGAGCGAUGCUUGAGGUUCAAGAUAUAUCGUUCCAUCUCACGUGUGAGGACGGAACCCUUCCCGCAAAUUCUGCAUUGGCCAGAUGGGCAGCUUAUAUGCUCGAAGCGAGUAAGCAGCUGGGGUGUCCCCUGGACAGUGUUGAGUCAGUAAGGGGAAUUAUGAUUGAGACGGGCUUCGUCGACGUGGUGGAAACACCCUACAUUUGGCCAAUGAACCCAUGGAAGAAAGAGUCCACCCUGACCAAGAUCGGUAUCUGGACUUAUCACAACUUCACCACCUCGCUGUCCGGCAUCAGCCUGGCACUUUUCACACGAGGUUUAGCGUGGACAGCAGAUGAGCUCGAGGCAUUUCUGAUCGACGUUCGCAAAGACAUGAGGAACACGAGGUACCAUGCGUUCUGGCCCAUGUGA